AAGCGUCAUGGAUACCGUCUAAUGGGUUACUAAUCGUCUGCUUCUGUUAUGCUAUUUUAUAAAAACGCGUAAAAAAGAACUGUUAUGUGAAGAAUGGGUUCACUAUCAAUUAAGCUUCAGUAUUUCUAACUCGACCGCCGACAGCACCAGCCAAAACCAUGCGCACCUACGUGCUUGUGUUGGAUUUUUCUAUACGUAUUGUCGCCGACGAUGAAACCGAGGGAAUGGUCCGAAUAAACCACUUGACUCACAGUGUUUCGUGCGCUCAGCUAAUCCACAACGUGAUUCAUACAACGAGAUAAUGCACUGACAGGCUGAGUCUUCCUCCUCUCCAUGCUUGUACUGUGGGGGGAAAGGGUUACAUUCAAAUGGUGAAUCGAGGCAAUGCCGGAGAGUCAUCAGAUAUCUCUGUAGGCGCACGUGCCUUCUCUUUUUGUUGCGGGCGGCAGAGCACAGCAACAUGACUCGCAGGACGUGCAGCAGCCUUCUAGCUAUGGCGUGCGGCAUGAACGCCGUGUACGUGCGUGUCAAGCGUACGUUGUCGCGAGGCUUCCAGGUGUACGGCACGGCAGUCGGGCGCCAUCCAGUCAUCUUUAGCGUCGCGCCACUAAUCGUCUUCUCCUUGCUUAGCCUCGGCAUCUUCCGCCUGCAGAAGGAGAACGAUACCGAGUACCUCUACACGCCCGUGGCAGCCGGAUAUUCAGAGAACGAGAAAGGACCAAACAGCUGUUUCCAGACUCGACAGGCUACAACUUCAAUGCAUUUGGUCUUGUGGACAUCCCCACCAUGGCUAUCAUCAUAUUCCGAUACGCUUCUGACGACACCAGCAUAUACAGCAACAACUACAACAACAGCACGCGCGCACGGCGAAGACUCUUCCUGCCCAAACAUGUGGAUAUGAUGAGGCGCGUGGACCGCGCGGUACGUGCGCUGCGCGUGACCCACAAUGGUUCGGAGUAUGGCUUCCUGGACCUGUGCGCUAGGAGCGCUGACGACAAAUGCGUGGUGGACGGCGACUUCCUGCUGAUGGAAAGUUUCAUCAAUGCCCUGGAGCACGGUCUGGUCACUUUUCCAGAAAUGCAGACCUCCUUCGGCCAGGUGGACUUGACAUGGGUGAUGGCCGGGGUGGACGCCCCCCAUAAUCACCUAGAGUCGGCCAGCAUCAUCAAGCUAAGAUAUUACUUAAGAGUUGACAGACGAGAUCCAGCCGUUAAGUGGAAUAAUAUGUUUCUCAAACUGAUGGAAAAUACGUCGCUGGGAGAUGGCGUGGAGAUUGCUUAUUCUUCCAGUGAGUCAUUAGAACAGGAGCUGGAGCGUGGAACCGUAGGCGACAUCGUGUACUUUGGCCUGACCAUGGUGCUGAUGGUAGUGUACUCGGUGCUAGUGACCACUGGCGGCAACGCCGUGUCCACGCGAGCCAUGCUGGCGUGCGGGGGCGUGCUGGCCGCGGGGCUUGGCAUCGCAGGGGCCUUCGGCGUCCUGUGUCUCGUGGGAGUCAAAUAUGUCAAUUUUGUGGGUAUCAUGCCCUUCCUUGUCAUUGGUAUCGGCGUAGACGACAUGUUUCUGCUGAUGUCCGCCUGGGGGGAGACUAUUCACUUACAAGAUCUGAGUGUACCAGACCGGGUUGGCAUCACGUUUUCCAAGGCAGGCAUUGGCAUCACUAUCACUUCUCUUACCGACUUUUUGGCCUUUCUAAUUGGGAUUACGUCAGACUUCAUUGUUGUCAGGCAGUUUUGUAUAUACACAGGAGUUGCAGUGAUUCUGUGCUACGUUUGCAAUGCUACUCUGUUUGGAGCCUGUCUGGCACUGCAUGGACAAAGGGUGUACUCGAACCGGCACUGCCUCACCUUCCGUCCCGCAUUGUCGCGAGAGCAACUGCGAUUACAAGGAGUCUCGGAGAUGAAGGUGUUCUGCUGUGGAGGCUCGAUUCCAGCUAAAAACUGGGAAGAUGAAAGUGCUUGUGAGAAACUGCCCCGUCGUGUGCUGCCGCGUAUAAUCCUGAAUCCAGUGGUGAAAGUGAUUCUGGGUGUUGUCUUCCUCGUCUACCUCGGGUUUUCCAUCUGGGGCGCAGUGUUUCUGGAGCAAGGCAUGCUGUACAGAAACCUGGUGCUGGACUCCUCCUACUACCACCGCUUUAGCACCUGGGACACAGAAUACUUUGGCCAACGACUCGCACUUGCGUUUGUAGUCGACGGCCCCAUAGAUUACGCUGGGUCCCAGGGCGACGCCUUCCUGAAGCUGCUGAAAUUUGCACAACAAGACCCAGAUGUCAAUUCCACGUUUAUCCGGUGUUGGCUGGACCAGUACAGGAAUACUCCCUACUAUAACGCCACCUCCAACAAGACCUUCCUGAGCAACUUGUUUAACAAGUAUCUGCGCAAGAACAUGAUCAUGCAGACAGACGUGGUAUUCGACUGGACCGGUGAGCAAAUCAGUGCAUCUCGCUGUUAUCUUCUAACCACGAACCUUGUCGACCCAUUCAGGCAGGCGCAACUGAUGGCACGCUUGCGUGUGCUGGCAGACAGCACCCGUGACUUGCCGGUGUUCGUCUUCCAGCCGCUGUUUGUCAUGCUGGAGCACACCCUUGCCAUUCUGCCCUCCACACUGCAGACACUGGGCACCGCAGUGCUGGUCAUGUUUCUCGUCACCUUCGCCUUCUUGCCGCAGCCGCUCAUGGUCGUGUUGGUCACCAUGAACAUCAUCCUCAUCCUCAUCGGCGUCUUCGGCUCCAUGUACUUUCUUGGCAUCACAUACAGCGGGAUAUCCAUGAUUCAUCUCAUUAUGAGCGUGGGUUUCUCUGUGGACUUCUCGGCACACAUCUGCGCUGCUUACCUCAUGUCCGAUGCCAGAACACGUGCCGAGCGUGCCGAGUAUGCCAUAGUCCACGCGUCUGGCCCAAUCUUCAAUGGCGGCAUGUCUUCUCUGGUUGGAGUUUCCAUGCUGCUGAUGUCCGAGUCUUACAUCUUCACCACCUUCUUCAAGAUCAUGAGUAUGGUCAUUACUGCCGGCGCAGUGCACGCUGUAUUUUUUAUGCCCAUUCUCCUGUCUUACAUAGGGCCAGAAAACACGACAGAGCACGACACAGUCCCUGAUGGACACACUCACUCUGUCUUGAAGAAAACAGAGACUGUUGUUUCCAACGGUAUUUACUCGGGUUCAAAGCUCGUUGGCAAGGAAAACACAAAAGAUCGGAAUUCACAUAAGACUGUGCUUGAACUCAUGAAGGAGGACGAUAGCGCCACUGAGCAAGGUGCACAGGUCAAGUGUAGCGUAUCGUAUUCGAAGCGGAAAGAUCACAUUCCUUCAGAAAACCUUCCUGCAGGAGUCGAAUCUCUUGACGUUCCUGGUAAUACAGAUGGUGCUUUCUUAAGUCUGUUUGAUAAUCUACAUACUGACGAAGUAGAUAAGAGUGACCAACAGCCCAAUUCCAUAACACCCAUAGAGAGUGUGGGAACAAAUCUGUCUACUGGACGCCAGGCAUUCGUUAGGCAAGUCCAAGAGCAGGAGGCUGCUACCAAACCGAUAAAUAAAUUAGCCAAUGGGAGUACAUGAGACAAGUCUAAACCAGUUUUAGAAUAACUAAAAAUUGCAUGUAGAGGUUCUAUGCUAGUGAAAAAUAUCACUCAUGUGCCCUUAAAAAGUAUCUAACAAUUAUGUAUUUGAUAAUCUGACAGUUAAAAAUAUAGCCUGUACAAAAUUUGCUUGAAUUCAUACAAUUCUACCAAAAAACCAAAAAUGAGUAAUGUUUGCAUAUGGUAGUGAAUUUGAACGUGGUGUGAACAUGUGCGAAGAGGUUAUUUUCUUAUAACAGUUUUUAUGUGUAAUAAACAUUUUCUUCUGAAAUAUUU